AUGCUCGACAAGGACCCGUUAGCACCUCUUUUGGACCAGUCUUCGUUGGACCUCUCAACUGGCGUGUCCAAGGUCCUCGGCGCACCUCUGGCCCAGUCAGCGGCAUGCCUAUAUUUCGCCGGCAUCAUCUGGACCGUCAUCUUUGACACCAUUUACGCUCAUCAGGACUACACCGAUGACCUGAAGGCCGGUGUCAAAGGACUCGCUGUGCGUCUCGGAAGGAGGGGAACGAAACCAGCCUGCUACAUAGCAACUGCCGUGCAGGUCUACUUUCUCGUCGCGGCGGGCCAACUGGCAGGUUUUGGGGUAUCAUACUACGCCAUUUCCUGUGGCGUAACUGCUCUCUUGUUGACCAGGAUGAUCUGGGUUGUCGAUUUAGAAGAUGGCAACAGCUGCGCUUGGGCGUUUGGUCCUGGCAGCAGCUAUGUUGGCACCGCAAUCUUCGCCGGGCUUUUGGUCGAAUUUUUUGCGAAGAAGCACGGAUAUUGA